AUUCUUAACACUCGAAGUUUUAAUUCAAAGAUUGCACCUUUGAGUAGGAAUAUUCUAGUACUACGUACAUGAGAAUGAGGGCGUGUUGGUUAAGGUUCAGAGAAGAUUAGCUUUAAAAAAUCUCAGUUUCUGAUGCUUAACCAUCUUUUAAGCCUGGGGUUGUUGGAAUGGAGAUGGAAAAGGGAUUGCCUUGGCCCCGUUGUUUAUUUUUUCCUUUAUUGUACUUUUCGUUUGAAGUAUUGUUCUUGGUCUUGUCCAUCACUCACUCUUUGCCUUUUUAAACUUGAACUGAGAUAUUAGCUGCCUGUUCUUGUGUACGAGGAGUAAAUAAAGGAGGGUGGUUUUUGUAAUUAAAAGAAAAUAAGAAACGCGUUUCCUUGUUGUACAAUAUAGGCUAUGUUUGCAAUAAUUAAAAAACACUUUGGUUGUUUCUAAUACGUAGUAAGACUUAGUUUACGUACUAAAAGGCCAACAUGACCAGAUGAGUAGAAUAACCGAAGGUUACAUACAUGUGAGUUAGUAUCUGUAUAUUAGCUAGUGUGGGUAGUGACAGAAUAGUUUCUACUUUUAUUGCUAGUUUUAGAAAAAUAUGGAUCUUUUUGCCCAAGGGGCUUAAGUGAAUGUAAACAACGGUAGUCCAAGAUUAGGAUCUCUAUGGUUGCUCCAUAAUUCAAGACUGUUCUUGCAGGAAAUGGACUCAAGUUCUUCCUAGCAAAAGCUUCUUCCUCCAGACAAUAUCAUCUAGAAACUGUAACCACUACAAUGCCAUUUUCUCGAGGACCAAGCAACCAUGGCGAGGUUUCGCUGCCGCAAAAUAUGCUGUUAACAGAUAGUCUUGAGGACUUGGCAAAUCUCAGAAAGCAACUCUACUCUGCGGCUGAAUAUUUUGAGUUAUCUUAUAUAAAUCAUGAACAAAAGCAGGCAGUGGCAAAUACGUUGAAGGAUUAUGCCAUCAAAGCUCUUCUAAACACCGUUGAUCAUUUGGGCUCUGUGACAUAUAAGGCCAAUGAUUUGUUGGAUGAAAAAGUUGUGGAGGUUUCUGGAACAGAACUUCGUAUAUCUUGUGUUGAACAGAGACUACGGACAUGCCAGGAGUAUAUUGACCGAGAGGGUAUUUCUCAGCAAUCACUAACCAUAAAAACCCCGAAACACUGUAAAAGGUACUUAUUGCCAGGGGACACCAGGUGUGAUAUUGAUGAUAAAAAUGCCGGGCAUCAGUUUAAUAAAGCUGUUGAAGCAAAAACGUUGGAUGCUCCAAAAACUGAACCUGGAAAAGAGCACCCUCCAUCACCUUCUCCUCAACUUAUGCUGCAAUCCUUACCCUCUUUCCCCACCUCUGGCACCAUGCCUAAAAGGGAGUUAGAGAAGCGAACAGCGUCGCCUCACCAUUUUCGUCAUUCACGAAGUGCAUCUCUUUCUAGUAAGCCAACGACACCUAAGAGUUGUCAAUCAACCAUCCCAAAUCCAAGCCGACCGCCCACUCCUACCCCAUUUCUUAGAGCACAGACGUACACUUCAGAAAGUCGGAAGGCG